UGGGCUGGGAAGAGUGAAAGGUAUAAAGGGUGUCACCCAGCCAGUGAAGUCCUCCUCCAGUUCGCGCCUGAGAUACGCCUCCAAUUUUGACACGAUGCUCAAGUCUGUCACAGAAAGCUUUGCCAGAGUGAUCCAUGGCUUGACAGUGGGGCACCUGACAGAUAACGUUAUUCAAAGAAGCAAGAGAAUGAUUCUGGAUACUCUGGGCGUUGGCUUCCUGGGAACCAGUACAGAAGUGUUUCACAAAGCCAGCGAAUAUAGUAAGAUCUACAGUUCCAACAUGUCCAGCAGUGUUUGGGGUCGACCAGACCUAAGGCUCCCGCCAUCAUAUGCUGCUUUUGUGAACGGUGUGGCUAUUCACUCAAUGGAUUUUGAUGACACAUGGCAUCCUGCCACCCACCCUUCUGGAGCUGUCCUUCCUGUCCUCAUGGCUUUAGCAGAAGCUCUCCCUUCAAGUCGAACAUUUUCUGGCCUUGAUCUGCUGCUGGCUUUCAAUGUUGGGAUUGAAGUACAAGGCCAAUUACUGCAUUUCUCCAAAGAAGCCAGUGACAUACCAAAGAGAUUCCAUCCCCCCUCAGUUGUAGGAACUUUGGGUAGUGCGGCUGCCACAUCCAAGUUUCUAGGGCUCAGCAUGACAAAAUGCCAAGAGGCCCUGGCUAUUGCUGUUUCUCAUGCCGGGGCACCCAUGGCAAAUGCUGCCACUCAGACCAAGCCUCUUCAUAUCGGCAAUGCUGCCAGGCAUGGGAUGGAAUCUGCUUUCCUGGCAAUGCUGGGUCUCCAAGGAAACAAGCAGGUCUUGGACAUGCAGACGGGCUUUGGGGCCUUCUAUGCCAACUACUCCCCACAGGUUCUUCCAAACCUAGAUUCCCACACAUGGCUGCUGGAUCAGCAGGAUGUGGCCUUCAAGAGGUUCCCUGCACAUCUGGCCACCCAUUGGGUGGCGGACGCAGCUGCGUCCGUCCGAAAGCACCUUGUAACAGACAGAGCCCUGCUUCCCACUGACCGCGUUGAGAGAAUUGUGCUCAGAAUUCCAGAUGUCCAGUAUGUCAACAGGCCCUUCCCAGACUCGGAGCAUGAAGCUCGUCACUCGUUCCAGUAUGUGGCCUGUACCACACUGCUCGAUGGUGGCAUCACCGUCCCAUCCUUCCACAAAUGCCAGAUCGAUAGGCCACAGGUGAGAGAGUUGCUCGGGAAAGUGGAGCUCGAGCACCCUCAGGACAACCUGCCAAGCUUCAACACACUAUACUGUGAGGUAAGUGUCAUUCUCAGUGAUGGAGCCACCUUCACAGAGUGCUCGGAUACCUUCUACGGCCACUGGAGGAAGCCACUGAGCCAGGAGGACCUGCGGGAGAAGUUCAGAGCCAAUGCCUCCAGCACGCUGUCCUACGACACAGUAGAAAGGCUUCUCAAGAUCGUAGAGAAUCUAGAAGACCUAGAAGACUGUUCUGUGCUAACCACUCUGCUGAAAGGACCUUCUCCAUCAGAGAUGGUUUCAAAAUCUAUCCAGCAUUUAACAAUUCCAUCGUACAAUCUCUCCUGAGAUUUAUCAACAUCUAAGUGACUUUAUAUUGGGGAGAAUUCGGUUAUUUGCUUUAUAAAGCAAGGGUUUACGGUCGAUCUGCCCAGGAAUAAGGCAAGCAAGGUGGAGAGAGUCCAGAAAGAGAACUGGAUUUUUAUGGAAAGAGUCGUGUCCUAUAAAUUUUGCCAGACAGUUCCAGGUACCUAAAGCAAAAUAAUAAAUAUGCAAGGAACACAGAGAAAUUGAUUUUUAUAAGCAUUCAUAAGGCUGAAAUUCAAGUCACCUGUAAUUUGCUUGUAAAGUUAAUCUUUACAGAGGAGUUCUUUAUGAACUUCAUGAACCUCAAGAUGUAGGAGGAAUUUGAACCUACAUGCAAAUUUGCUGACAGUGGAGAAGGCCUCUGGCCUAUUGUGCCACCAACAGAUUUCUUAGACCACGGGUUUUUACAAACCCUCCACAGUGGAGGGGGUGCUAUUGGUUUAAAUAUAAGGAGUUGGUGGGUCCAAAUCCUGCCCCUACAACUUACUAAAUGUGACCCUAGGCAUGUUGCUGGGUAACCCUCUGCCUCGGUUUCCUUACUGAUAAAGCAGAAAUAAAAAGCAGUGUAAAAAGUAAAAAGAGUUUGGCUCUGGAAGCCACGCUGUUAACCUCUACAAUAUAUUGCCAUUUGUUACAAAAAUUUCUUGGGAAAAAUAUAAUGGAUGAAGAGUCUGAGAUAUAAUACAGGAUGGCAACAAAAAAAAAAAGUAUAUAUGUGAGUAAUUAAAUAUUGAUUUUGUAAAAUAACAGAAAUGUCUUAUGGGGUUAAAAAUUACAACUUUAGCAAUAGAUAUAAGCAGGGAGUUAUUGUAGUUAAUGUAGUCUAAAUUCCUUGUGUCAUUUGAGAAAAGGGUAAAGCUAUUAACUCUAGACCUUGAUUUGUAAGUAUGCAUGUUGACAUUUCCAGGUAACCAUUAUAAGACAGCAGUAGAAUGUAUCACUUCCAGGUUAAUAGAGGGAGAAAUUUAAAAAAAUAAUAAAAAAUUGGGCACCUGG